AAUAUGUUGUCGGAGCGAAUAAGAAUUCUGUACAGCCAAAGGUUUGGUAUCAGUAGGGUGUUCUUUCCAAAGGAGAGACAAUAUGAUUACCUAUAGAUCUUAUAAUUUUGCCUUGGUGGUAUUCAUUUUCAGUAUGGGUACACGACAUGUUGACUGCCUGGAGUGUUAUAGUUGUACCAAUAUAUUUAAUAAAGACAAUUGCACACAUACUGCAAAAUGUGGAUCUGGUCAGUUGUGUUACCAAGACUUAUCUGACAUCGGACAAUCUCCGGCAUACCAUUUAGGAUGCAUCGACAAACACAAAUGUAGUACGACAAAUAGUGGUGGCAGUGGUGCUUUACAAUUGGUUGGUCGUGAUUUACAGAAACGCCAAACAGAGAGCUGCCAUGAAUGCUGCAGUACUGACAACUGUAACAAACAUCUCUGUGGACAUUUUAAACCUUCUAGUUGUAUUGAUAAUGAGAACAUUGAUUGUGGUUUCCUGAACACAGUCACAAAUAUAUGUGCCGACAUUCAUCAUGCGAAAACAAUUUGCCCUAGGUUUUGCGACCUUUGCUCUUUAGUUGACGGUAUGUGGUCUGACUGGACAGCUUGGUCAGCGUGUGACGUCACAUGUGAUAAUGGCACACAGAGCAGAACAAGGACAUGUUCAAAUCCCCCACCAUCAAACGGAGGCUUAAAUUGCACCGGGCACACUAGAGAUUAUAAAUCGUGUCAUAAACAGCUAUGUCCUGUUCAACAAGUUGUUGUUGGUAUCGUAGCGAUUGUUGAAGCGCACUUAAAGUUCUGUCAGUAUGACACUGUAGAGCUGCAGCCAUACGACACUCAAAUUUGUCAAUAUUCCUUUGCAGUACAGCAACAUGUUGGUGCAUGUUCAUCUCUUAGCGGCGUUCCUGGGUUAUAUGAAGCACCAGAUGUAAAUACUGGUGGGUCGGGAACACGUUCACCAGCAGCUAUUGUUUCUAGUUUAGUAGCUACACAUUGA